GUGUGUGUGUGUGUGUGUGUGUUUUCCUACCAGCUUUUCUCUCAGACUCGGUGAAGCCAUUGUUAGAUUUCUCUGGGAACCGUUUGUCCCACAGCGACCGACCGACCGACCGGACAGACCCUGAACCCUGACCCUGAACCCUGAACCUGAACCCUGAGAGACCGGCUGAAGCGUGAAGGACCCACAUCUCGCCGCCACACCGCAAGUUUCAGGUUUCAAUGACGAGGAGAGAAACCCCGGGACCUCGUGUUGUAUCUCUGACUGCCCCGGCGCUGCCAUGAGUUUCAGCGAGAAGUCACGAAAGUCCUGGAUUGAGGAAACCUUCUUCAGGAGAGAGUGUGUGAAGUUCAUUCCUUCGUCUCGGGACCUCCACAGAUGUAUUCCAGUCUGUCAAGUAUGCCAGAACCUCAUCAGAUGUUGCUGUGGACGGCUGAUGGGGGAGCACUCUUGGCAACACUCCCUACCCCCCAUUUCCCUACAUCCUGGUCCCGGAGCGGAGCUGGAGGACGACUGGUCCGUGGAGCGUCACACCAAAGCCAGCCCCACCGACGCCUACGGGACCGUCGACUUUCAGGACACCGCCACACGAGUCUGCCGCGCCAAGUAUGUCCGUUUGGCGGUGGACUCAAAGCCUGAGGCGCUGCUGCAGCUGAUGCUGAGGGAGUGGCAGAUGGAGAGACCCAAGCUGCUGCUGACCGUUCAGGGUGGCGCAGAAAACUUCACCCUGCCGCCGAAAGUCAAGCAGGCCUUCAGCAAAGGGUUGGUCACCGCAGCCCUCAGCACCGGGGCCUGGAUCCUCACCGAUGGCAUCAACACAGGUGUGUCGAAGUACGUGGGCGAGGCGGUGAAAACAUUCGGGGGCCACAAUCUGCGGAAGAGAAACACAGUCGGCAUCACGCCCUGGGGGGUCAUCGACAACAACACGGACCUCAUCGGCAGAGACGUGUUCAGGCCCUACCAGCCGCUGGGGAACCCUCUGAGCAAGAGAGCCUGUCUCAACGGCUUCCACUCCCACUUCCUGUUGGUAGACGACGGCACGCUGGGAAAACAUGGCUGCCAACAAGGCCUCCGGAGGAAGCUGGAGAAACACAUCCAGCUGCAGAAGAUACACCCUCGGCUGAACCAGGGAGUGCCUGUGGUGUGUGUGGUUCUGGAGGGCGGCCCGGCCAUUGUGUCCACCGUGCUGGACUACGUCAGCAACAAGCCCCCCGUGCCGGUGUUUGUGUUCGAGGGAUCGGGCCGAGCUGCCGACCUGCUCGCCUUCUUACACAAGCAGACUGCUGUGGACAGGCAGCUGGACGCAGACAUUAAAGAGGACUUCGUGGUCCGGAUCGGAGACGUGUUUGGUGUGGAGACGGCAGAAGCCUCCCAGCUGUGCAGCCUCCUGCUCCAGUGUAUGGACCACAGACAGGCUAUUACUAUCUUUGACUCUGAGUCGGAGGACCAAACAGCCCCUGAUGCAGCCAUUCUGACAACUAGUCUCAAGGGCACCAAGGCCAGUCCUGCCGAGCAGCUGAGCAUGGCGCUGGCGUGGGACAGGGCGGACAUCGCACAGAAAGACGUCCUGGUGUACGGACAGCACUGGCAGGUGGGCUCCCUGGAGCAGGCCAUGCUGGAUGCUCUGGUGAUGGACCGAGUCAGUUUUGUGAAACUGCUGAUCGACAACGGCAUGACGAUGAGCCGCUUCCUCACGGUGGAGCGCCUCGAGGAACUCUACAACACGCCGCAGGGCCAGACAGACUGCUUCCUGCACCAGCUGGUUGAAGAUGCCAAACAGACCUCUCUUCCCAUAGGCUACCGUUUCUCUCUCAUUGACAUGGGUCAGGUGAUAGAGUAUCUGAUUGGAGGAGCCUACCGCAGCACCUACACACGGAAACCCUUCCGAGCCGCCCACAGCCGCCUGCACGACAAAGAGGACAGACGAGACAGUUCCGUCUCCUUUUCUAAACGGAGACACGGAUUGGUACCGGUGUCCUCGAGGAGCCGGAGUCUCCAGGAUCUGCAUUUCUUCAGGACGGCUCAGCCGUACAAACUCAAGGAUCAGGAUGUGUCUCCGGGGAGCAGUCGGGACGCCACGGCGAGCUCCGGCCUUGGCGGCGUGCCGCUCCUGGUUCCCUUUAACUUCAACGACCUGUUCGUGUGGGCCGUGCUGCACCAGCGCCAGCAGAUGGCGCUGUUCCUGUGGCAGCACGGCGAGGAAGCCCUGGCGCGCGCUACGGUGGCCUGCAAGCUCUACCGCUCCAUGGCCUUCGAGGCGCGGCAGAGCAGCAUGGACGACAACAUCUCAGACCGGUUCAGGACCUAUUCUCUGGAGUUUGGCCAGCUGGCGGUGGACGUCUUGGACCGAGCGUUUCGGCAGAACGAGCAGAUGGCGAUGAAGCUGCUGACGUCAGAGAUGGAGGCGUGGAGCCGCUUCACGUGUCUGCAGAUGGCCGUUUCCUCCAGUCACCGACCGUUCGUCUCGCACUCCUGCACGCAGACGCUGCUCACAGAUCUCUGGACCGGCUCGCUCAACAUGAGGAAAAACUCCUUCCUCAAGAUCAUUCUGAGCCUGCUUCUGCCCCCUGCCAUCCUGCUGCUGGAGUUUAAAAGUAAAGCGGAAAUGUGCCAUGUGCCGCAGUCCCAUGAGGCCAUGCUGUUCGGUCUCGAGUCUGUGAAGUCACCGCCCGUCCUCGAUGGAACCAAUCACGUGGGCAGGCAGGAUGCGGAGCGAGGCCGUGACGAAUGUUUUGGCCCCGUGUCUGAGACCGUGUCGUCUUUCAGCGUGCGGUAUCUGUCGUGGAUCACCCGUCUCUACGAGUUCUACACAGCUCCCGUUGUCAAGUUCUGGUUUCACACAAUGUCGUACCUGGCCUUCCUGAUGUUGUUCUCCUACGUGGUUCUGGUGAAGAUGGGGGAUCGGCCCAGUGUUGAGGAGUGGGUCGUCAUAGCCUACAUCCUGUCCACUGCCGUGGAGAAAACCAGAGAGGUGCUGAUGUCCGAGCCGAGGAAGCUGAGCCAGAAGCUGAAGAUCUGGUUCUCGGAGUACUGGAACGUCUCUGACUUCGUGGCCAUCCUGCUGUUCCUGGCUGGAUUGGUGCUGCGUUGGCACGAGGACCCGUACCGUACGGCGGGACGCAUCAGCUACUGUCUGGACAUCAUCUUCUGGUUCGUCAGGGUGACAGACCUGCUGGCCGUCAACCAGCAUGCCGGGCCCUAUCUCACCAUGAUCACCAGGAUGACCAGUAACAUGUUCUUCAUCGUGGUGAUGAUGGCGAUCGUGCUGCUGAGUUUCGGGGUGUCCAGGAAGGCCAUCCUGUCCCCCGACGAGGAGCCGUCCUGGAGCCUGGCUCGGGACGUGGUCUUCCAGCCCUACUGGAUGAUCUACGGAGAGGUGUACGCCGGCGAGAUAGACCCAUGUGAGGAUGGUAACUCGUGCCCCCCCUACUCCUUCCUCACGGCGUUCCUCCAGGCAGUCUACUUGUUCUUCCAGUACAUCAUCAUGGUCAACAUCCUCAUCGCUUUCUUCAACAACAUCUACUUUGACAUGGCCUCGACGUCCAAUAAGCUGUGGAAGUACAACCGGUACCGCUACAUCAUGACCUAUCAGGACCGGCCCUGGCUGCCCCCCCCCCUCAUCCUCCUCAGUCACAUGACCUUCCAAUACCACAGGAAGUUCCACGGAGACGCCGAGGGAGGAGAGCCCCGCCCUCGGGACUCUGUGAAGCUGAACCUGGGCCUCGAGGACCGUAAGAAGCUCCACGAGUUCGAGGAGAAAUGUGUGCAGGCCUACAUCAACGAGAAGAGUGAAGGUGUCCACAGCAGCCAGAUCAACAGGAUCAGGAACACAGCCGAGAG